CGGGAUACUAAGCUCCGGGGCCUGAGGUAUUGUCAUAUCAAUACGGUGUGACAUGUUGUUCCGGUCUAUAAUAAACAAGCCCUUGCUGGGCGCCAGGAAAAACGGGUCUCCAUACGCAUAUCCUCUGCAACCUCUCCUGAAGGGUUUUCAGUGUGUCAAGGAAGAUGAGCACAUUUCUUAUGGGGAAAUGGGCAUGCCAGUGCCACCAUUUGGGUGUUCCUUUUCUAAAGCAUCAGAUAUGGAUCACGUCCUUGUUGUUGCCAAUGAGGAGGGCAUGGUCAGAAUGUAUGAUACAGAGUCCCGAGACUUGCAGAGGCAGAUUGUUAAAGAAUGGAUGGCCCACUCUAAUGCGGUUUUUGAUGUUGCCUGGGUGCCCGGAGAACACAAACUAGUUACAGCUUCAGGAGACCAAACUGCUAAGCUGUGGGAUGUUAAGGCAGGGGAGCUUAUUGGUGUCUUCAAGGGGCAUCAGUGCAGUGUAAAGUCUGUUGCUUUCCCCAAAUAUGAAAAAGCUGUUUUCAGCACUGGAGGGAGAGAUGGAAACAUUAUGCUCUGGGAUACUAGGUGUAGUAAAAAAGAUGGCGCUUAUAGGCAAGUAAAUCAAAUCUCAGGAGCCCAUAAUGCACUUGAUAAACAAACUCCAUCGAAAAUUAAGAAGAGAAAGCCAGCUGCUAGGGGACUUGCUCCUUCUGUGGACUCACAGCAAAGUGUAACAGUUGUUGUCUUUCGGGAUGAACACACCCUGAUAUCUGCAGGAGCUGUUGAUGGCAUUGUAAAAAUGUGGGACUUAAGGAAAAACUACACUUCAUAUCGUCAGGAUCCAGUACCAGCUAAAACCUUUCCCUAUGCUGGAAACAGCACGCGUAAACUGGGUUAUUCCAGCCUUGUGCUAGACUCCACUGGGUCCAGUCUAUUUGCAAACUGCACAGAUGAUAACAUUUAUAUGUUCAAUGUAACGGGACUAAAAAGUGAUCCAGUAUCAGUCUUCAAUGGGCACCAGAACUCUACUUUCUACAUUAAGUCCAGUGUCAGCCCUGAUGGACAGUUUCUUCUCAGCGGUUCAAGCAAUCAAAGUGCCUACAUUUGGCAGGUUUCUGAUCCCAUGGCUCCUCCCACUAUGCUUCUGGGUCAUUCUCAAGAAGUCACCUCUGUUACUUGGUGUCCAACAGACUUCUCAAAGAUUGCCACCUGCUCAGAUGAUAACACUGUGAGGAUAUGGAGACUGAAGAGAAGCUAUGAUGAGGACAUUGAAAAAGACAAGACUGUUUUAGCUGGUUGGACAUGUCAGGAAACUCACAUGGCUGCAAGUUACCGCACUCCUGCUAAGGCACCUCGAAUGCAGAACAAUCUCUUUAUGUUGUCCCCAACACCAGCUACUUGUGCUCCAAGUUAUUCUGGGGAUCUCCCAAUGCCUUCUAGUACACCCACAAGUGUUGCUUCAAUGAUAACAAAAUUGCAGACUCCGACGAGGUCAAAGGAAGAGCACAAAGAGGCAUCUCCCAAACAACUGUCGAGUACAAAAAUGUCGAUCAAAGACUGGGUCACUUGCACUCCUCAGUCCAGAAACUCUGUGAUGGACUCAAAGACCCCUUCACCACGGAAAGCUUUUACUUCUGUUCAGCAAUACCCAGCAGUCUCCAGUUCAAGAGCACCACCACUGCUUGAGAACCGGGUUAAGAGGCGAUUAGAGACCAGCAGUGAAGACGUAGAACAUGAGUGCUCUAACAAUUGUAAUUGUGUGACUGAAUUGGAGCCUGACUUUAAAAAGGCAAAGUUGGAUUUGUGCGCUGUGGAGAAGGAUGUUGGAAACAAUGACAUGUGUCUGAGCCUUGCAGAUCUGAGCAACAAAUGCAAAAAGCAGUCUAUUUUCUUUCCCAAAAAUAUUUCACCUUUAGAAGUAACUGAAACCACCCAGUCAUUACUGGGGUCCCCGUGUGAAUUAAGAACUGGGUGUCUUGAUAAGGAAAACUGCUCCCCUGAAAAAAACUGGCUUUCUGCUUUAGGAAACAAACUUAAGUGUGAUAAGACCUCUAGUCAGAACAAGGACAACAGCCCGUCAAGAAAUGGCAGUGCUAAAAAGCACCAAGGCAAGAAUGUUACCAGUUCGCCCAUAUCUGUUUCAAGAACCCCAGCCUCUAUGAGAAAAAUUUGUACGUACUUCCAUAAAAAGCCUUCUGAGUGACAAGAUGCAUAGAAAAGAUUUGAGUAACUUCAGAGAGAAUGAGGAGCCUCUUGACUGAUUGGUCCCUGCGCCUUUGUCAUACUGCAGUUGAAUGUUUUUAUUCUUUCUAUGGUUUUAGCAACUGCACUUUUAUAUGAAAUAGCACACUGACCUUGUGCUAUGAUAUAUGGACCUCUGUUGGGAAUGAUGUAGAGAAGAGGUGGCCCUAAAUGGACUACAG